AUGAACCGGAGAGCCGAGAAGUUGGUGCUCAGAGGUCGCAUCAUCGCUCUCCGUGAUAAUGGUCUCUCCAUACGGGAUGAGGGCGGCCAGCAGCUCGUCGUGCACAAAAGAUUGCCUUGCACAAAUGGUCACAGUGCACAGCAGACUGUUACUGGCACAGCAGGCCCCAUACAGUAUGUACCUGUACACAAGAGGUCCCUGUGCACAAAGGGUCAGUGUACAGUAAGGCCAUCACUGACAACAAUGUCACUCUGGUGCAGCUCAAGGUGGCCAUCACCUUUAGUGGCAGACAGCAGGAGAGACAUCAUCAGGGAUUGGCUUCUAUUGGUGUGUCUCAAUGACCUCGAUGCCCACACCAACCUCACCAGCCACAGGACCAUCCUUAUGGGUUGGGGCACAGGGGAGGGGAUGAUCGCUGUGGUGAGGACAAUAAAUGGGAGUGCAUGCUCACAGCGUUAUGAGGGGCGCAAUGUGGGCAUCAGUGUUUCCUCCCUCUGUGCUGCCCCUGUCAGUGCCACCCAGCAGGACUUUUGCAAGUGUCUGAAAUGGUGGAACUGUGUAGCAGACUUGGGCCAACGGAAGUGUAGUACAGUACUGUGCAGUUUGAGGACGUCAUAAAGGUGGACGUUCAUUUCACGAGUGGUGUAGCAGCUUGAGUGGGAAACAAAUGUGUAGAUGAGACAUGGAGUUUUGUUUUACAUAAAACAAAUAAUACAUUUGUUUGACAAAUAAUGGAUUAUCUUUACAUAAUUCUUUUAUUGAUUUACCAUCAUUGUUCUUCAUGAGGUUUAGUAAACUAUACAAGUCAGAGUUAUAAGAACACGAAACCUAACAAAGCAGCAUAAACUUUGCUUAUAUUGUUGAUUUGUUGAUCAUUUAAGACGAAGUCAUUCUACUCGACAUCAGUUGAAAAGAAAAUAAUUUAGUUUAUAUUUCAUAGUACUGUACUGUAUACUAUCUGUGAGUGUUGACACUUAUUUCUGAAAAUUUGUCUUGGCUUUUUUU